GGGAGGGGAGGUGGUAGGGGCCUGCUGGGGUGGACCUCAGGGACUCCUGCUGCUCCUGCUGGGCGCCCAGCCCCGGGUACAGGAGCAGGUGGGGACCAGCAGAGGCGGGGCGGAGCAGGAGCCCACACCUGAAGGCUGUAGACUCCCGCCAAGGCUCUGCCUUGGUCUUGUACACCAUGGGAGGACCAGAAGGGAGGUGCUGAGGUGUCCAGACCUUUGCUGUGGAGCUGGGGAUGCAGUGGCAUGGGGAGAUUGACAGACAGGGAGCUGUAUAGGGCCAGAUUCCGGUCCAUGGUGGUAACCCCAUCCUCCACCACUGCAGAUGUGGCACAAAGCCAGCUGCCACAGGAGGUGCACUACCCCACGGGCAGCUGUGCUGACCUGCGUGGCGUCCGCAGGAAGCCCUCAGACCCUGGCCAGCCUGGUCUCUGCUUCUCACUCCAGGCUCAAGGCCGGCUGCUAUUCCAUUCACCCCAUUCCCCUUCCCUCAGGCCAGAAGUAUCACCCACAACCCCAGAUCCUUGCACACCAGCCUCCUCACUCAGUUCACCCUCAGAUGUCCAACUCCACAUGGCCAAAACCAAGACCAGUCUCACUCCAAGCUCAUCCACCCGCGCAACUGCCCAAGCUGAAAUCCACAGUUGCCCUGGACGACCCCCCAACCCCCACCUCACCUCAAACCUCAUCAGUCCUUCUGCUCACAGCCUGCACCGUCACCACCCAGUCUGGGCACCAUACCUCUGUGGGGACCCCCACGGCCCCCAGCCAGUCUUCCAGCUCCCACCCUGACUCCAGUGAGCUGCCAGAGGGAUCCUUGAAAAACGUGCUGGAGGCCGAGGGGGUCCACUGGACGGGGCCUGAGCUACAACUUCACCCACCUGGACGGGUACCUGGACCUUCUCAGGGAGAAUCAGCUCCUCCCAGGGUUUGAGCUGAUGGGCAGUGCUUCGGGCCACUUCACCGACUUUGAGGACAAGCAGCAGGUGUUUGAGUGGAAGGACUUGGUCUCCAGCCUGGCCAGGAGAUACAUCGGUAGGUACGGACUGGCGCAUGUUUCCAAGUGGAACUUCGAGACAUGGAACGAGCCAGACCACCACGACUUUGACAACGUCUCCAUGACCAUGCAAGGCUUCCUGAACUACUACGAUGCCUGCUCCGAGGGUCUGCGCGCCGCCAGCCCCGCCCUGCGGCUGGGAGGCCCCGGCGACUCCUUCCACACCCCACCGCGAUCCCCGCUGAGCUGGGGCCUCCUGCGCCACUGCCACAACGGUACCAACUUCUUCACCGGGGAGGCAGGCGUGCGGCUGGACUACAUCUCCCUCCACAGGAAGGGUGCGCGCAGCUCCAUCUCCAUCCUGGAGCAGGAGAAGGCCGUCGCGCAGCAGAUCCGGCAGCUCUUCCCCAAGUUCGCGGACACCCCCAUCUACAACGACGAGGCGGACCCGCUGGUGGGCUGGUCCCUACCGCAGCCGUGGAGGGCCGACGUGACCUACGCGGCCAUGGUGGUGAAGGUCAUCGCGCAGCAUCAGAACCUGCUACUGGCCAACACCAGUUCCGCCUUCCCCUACGCGCUUCUGAGCAACGACAACGCCUUCUUGAGCUACCACCCGCACCCCUUCGCGCAGCGCACGCUCACCGCGCGCUUCCAGGUCAACAACACCCGCCCGCCGCACGUGCAGCUGCUGCGCAAGCCGGUGCUCACCGCCAUGGGGCUGCUGGCGCUGCUGGAUGAGGAGCAGCUCUGGGCCGAGGUGUCGCGGGCCGGGACGGUCCUGGACAGCAACCACACGGUGGGAGUCCUGGCCAGCGCCCACCGCCCCCAGGGCCCGGCCGACGCCUGGCGUGCCGCGGUGCUGAUCUACGCGAGCGACGACACCCGCGCCCACCCCAACGGCAGCGUCGCGGUGACCCUGCGGCUGCGCGGGGUGCCCCCCGGCCCGGGCCUGGUCUACGUCACGCGCUACCUGGACAACCGGCUCUGUAGCCCGGACGGCGAGUGGCAGCGCCUGGGCCGGCCUGUCUUCCCUUCGGCUGAGCAGUUCCGGCGCAUGCGCGCGGCCGAGGACCCGGUGGCCGCGGCACCGCGCCCCUUACCCGCCGGCGGCCGCCUGACCCUGCGCCCCGCGCUGCGGCUGCCAUCGCUUUUGCUGGUGCACGUGUGCGCGCGACCCGAGAAGCCGCCCGGGCAGGUCACGCGGCUCCGCGCCCUGCCCCUGACCCAAGGGCAUCUGGUUCUGGUCUGGUCGGAUGAACACGUGGGCUCCAAGUGCCUGUGGACAUAUGAGAUCCAGUUCUCUCAGGACGGUAAGGCGUACACCCCGGUCAGCAGGAAGCCAUCGACCUUCAACCUCUUUGUGUUCAGCCCAGACACAGGUGCUGUCUCUGGCUCCUACCGAGUUCGAGCCCUGGACUACUGGGCCCGACCAGGCCCCUUCUCGAACCCUGUGCCGUACCUGGAGGUCCCUGCGCCAAGAGGGCCCCCACCCCCGGGCAGUCCAUGAGCCUGUGCUGAGCCCCAGUGGGCUGCAUCUCCACCGGCAGUCAGCGAGCUGGGGCUGCACUGUGCCCACGCUGCCCUCCCAUCACCCCCUUUGCAAUAUAUUUUUAUAUUUUA